CCAGGAAAGUAAUUGUACUGCCAUCCCUGCCAGCCUCAACUCUCUAGUGCACUAUUUUUUAUCUGAAACUUCAUCAACCACUAAACAGCCCAACUCAUCCUGUUAAGUCCUUAUCCUUUCACCUCCAUUAUUUUUUCUAAUCUCUCUCUCUCUCUCUCUCUCUCUCUCUCUCUCAGCACACAAAUACAUUUUCAUUUUUCACAGCCAUAUUUAUGAAGUGGUGCCCUGUCCUCAUUGUUCAAAACUCUUCUGUCAAACCCCACAGAUGUCUCUCUUUUGCUUGUAGAUAGAUGUCAGACUCAGACUCACACUGAAUUUAACUAUUUGAGUCUUCAUCUGAGAUGGGUUUGCUUCAUACUUCACGGGCUGUUUUGCUUCUUUGGGUUUUUCCACUAUUGCUUUUGAAAGCACACUCUGAUGGUUCAGAGGUCUCUGUUAAGUUCUUGAAGGCUCCACAUGCAUUCUCUCAUCUGAACUCAGCCACAUUUGCAUUUGAAGCUUUGGUUGGUGGGAAUGCGGCCUCCUGCACAAAUUGUAGCUUCAGUUGUAAGCUGGAUGAUGGGAUGGGUUCAAAUUGUGGAACUAGAAAGGUUUCCUACUCAGGGUUGCAGGAUGGAAAUCAUACCUUUGAGGUCUGCACCAAUGGGCCUCAAGGAAUUGGUUGUGCUUUGCAUAACUGGACUGUUGACACAGUACCCCCAACCGCAUCUGUUACUGCCUCUAGAUCUUUUACGGAUGCUUUAAAUGUUUCUGUUAAUAUUUCUUUCAGUGAAUCCUGUUCCGGUGGAGGAGGCUUUGGAUGUUUGUCUGCGAACACCUGCAAUCUGCUAGUAUAUGGUGCUGGCCAAGUGAUCCCAUCUUCACUCAGUAUUCUUCAGCCAAACCUCAAAUAUUCCGUUCUUGUGGGCUUAUCAUCUUCUGUUCAAUAUGGACGAGUGGUCCUGGUAAUGGAUAAGAAUUUCUGCACUGAUAUUGCUGGAAACAGAUUUGUAAGAACAGAAAACUCAAGAUUCUAUGUACGCAUUGAUAGAAGAAAUGUGUUCGUCAACCUGAGAAUUCCUAUUCCUGAGAGGCUACUUCAGCUUAAUGGUGAAACUAGAACAGUGCAGGCAACUAACAAUUAUAAUAACCUAAAGAUUUAUGUGUACUUCUCAGAACCUGUUCUGAAUUCAUCUGCGCAAAUUUUAAAUUCUCUCAACAUAAGUCAGGGAUCACUUCUCCCUGCUAGCGGAAAUAACACUGGGAAUCGCAGAUUUGGCUUUGUGGUUGCAAACAUGUCUAGCAUUGCUAUCAUCACAGUGAGCCUCAAUUCAAACUUGAUAAUAAGUAGACAAGGGACUCCAGUUUCUCCAAUCUCACCAGCAACUUUCCUAUUUGAUUCAAAAAGGCCUACUGUGAAGUUGAGCACAACCUCAAGUAUGAGAACAAGAGAACACAAUAUUCCCAUAUUAAUAAAAUUCAUGAAGCCUGUAUUUGGCUUCAACUCUUCCUCUUUAUCACUAUCUGGUGGGCGCUUACAAAGUUUUCAUGAAAUAAGUAGGAGCACAUAUGUUGUCGAAAUAGAAGCAGUUGACGAUAUGGUUUCUGUCAAUGUUCCUGAAAACAUAUCUGGGGAUGUUGCUGGAAACAAAAAUCUAGCUUCAAAUAUUCUUCGUGUGACACACUAUUCAGUGCCUUUGAUAGCUUCUGUCAUAUCUGCAUUUGCUACUGCUCUUUUUGUGGUGACAUCCCUAGCUGCGGGGCUGCUUUCUAUUUCAACUGCAAGCCUUCAAUCUCUUUGGUCAUUUAGCAGACAAUCUUCUUUGGCAUCUGAUCCAGCAAGAAAUCUUUUUAGAAUUGCUUGUCAUAUUCAAGUUUUUGCACUCUCUAGAUGGUUGGCAGUUACAUUGCCAGUUAAUUAUUAUGAAUUAGUAAGGGGUUUACGGUGGAGUAUUCCCUACUUUAGUCUCCCAUGGGAAGCUGGGAAUGGCUUCCCAGUCUCUAGUCCUUUCACCAGUUCAAGUUCCUACAUGACCGAGAAUCAUGGUUCCGAAGUUUUCCAAAGCAAGCAACUCGAAAAAGAGAUUUUCAGUAAGGAUACUUCACUAUAUGGGUUACCACUUACUCCAACGGAAUACAGAACCUUUUUUGAGUUGGACAGUGAAAACAUCAAACCUGAAGCUGACUAUAUCUCCAAUCCUUAUAGCUCGAACAGUAGGUGGAGGAAUUUCGACAGGACCAUGUUCUGGUUAGCUGUGAUUUGUGGUACUUUGAUUCUGUUACAUGUUUUAGUCCUUUUUAUCCUGAAAAUGAGGAAGAAGAAUUCAGAGAAGCAGAGCUCUUACGGAGCACUCACAUUCCCCAGAUUUGAAAUAUUUCUUGUAAUACUUGCAUUGCCUUGUAUCUAUGAGGCCUCUGCUGCUCUAGUUAGAGGAGGAAUGCCAUCUGGGGUUAUAGUUGGCAGUCUGUUGUUGGUUAUCACCUCUUUUCUGCUGCUAGCCUUGCUCUUUUUCCUCUCAGUUGGCAUUACGUUUGGAAAGUUCCUUCAAUACAAGGAAGUGCAUCGAGAAGGCCUGGAAUUUCACUGGUAUCAAGAGCUUGUCCGGGUGACCCUCGGUCCAGGCAAAAGAGGCCAGUGGACAUGGAAAGGUCAACCAAACUCUGUUUAUCUAAUCAUUUUUGGCCCUCUGUUUGAAGACCUAAGAGGCCCCCCAAAGUACAUGCUCUCUCAGAUUUCUGGGGGCAAUACCCAGAAGCAUGGUGAAAGUAUCAUUGCCUCCGAUGAUGAAACAGAAGAUGCAGAAGCACCCUUUAUCCAAAAGGUGUUUGGAAUACUCAGAAUAUACUACACACUGCUAGAGUGUUUGAAAAGGGUUGCGGUUGGGGUUAUGGCUGGUGUCUACAUGGACAAAUGGCCUUCUAAAACUCCCUCAGUUGCCUUAUUGUGCAUCACCUCUUUUCAGCUUUUCUUCCUUGUUCUCAAGAAGCCUUUUAUCAAGAAAAAGGUUCAGCUGGUUGAGAUCAUCUCCAUUUCCAGUGAAGUAGGUUUAUUUGCAACUUGCUUGGUUCUCUUGGAGAAGGAAUUUUCAGCCGGCGACAAGACUAAAGUUGGAAUUUUCAUGCUAUUUCUGUUCCUAGUUGGAUAUGUAGCACAGAUGAUCAAUGAAUGGUAUGCAUUGUACAAACAAACAUUGCUGCUGGACUCUGCUGAGAAAUCCUUCUUAACAGGUUUGAAAUUAGCUUCAAUCGGAUGCCUCUUGUUAUUCAUCCCACAGAGAUUGAUCAAGACCCUGGAAGAAAAGUUCCAAGUGGAAAGCAAGUUCCAAGUGACUCAAAAUGCAGAAGGAGCAACAAGGGAUCCUAGUUCUUCCACCGGUGGGUACCGGGGCGCCGGGAAUCGGAGCUUAGCUGGCACGGAUAAACCGUGGCUAAAGCAACUAAGAGAGCUGGCAAAGUCCAGUUUUAGUAAAGAAGGGAGUGGAGUUACAAAUGAUCCUUCAAGUAGUCACACUCGUCCUAGAUGGAGUGGUUUUUGGAGCGCCAAGAGGAGUGGUAGCUCUUCAACUCCAAAUUCUUCUGUUGAUUUCAAAUCAAAACCAACAGGGUUGUACAAAGAUUUAGAGGCCAUUUUUGCAUCGAAGUGAGACAACAGAGUUUUUCCAACAGCAAGAUCCUCCAAAUUGUUUUGCAAUUGCUUCUCUCUCAAGUCUCAACAGAUGAUGUAUAGUUUGACGAAUGCACCUAACUACUAGUUAUUGCUAGGAUUGGAUGAUGAUGGGUUCAAGGGCAACAUGACUCUCACAAUGACUGGUUGAGAUACUCUUAUUUGUAGUGGAAAAGAUUGAUAUAAACAGUGAGCUUUGGAGCUUGUAUUCCAUGCGUUUUUAGUUAUGCAGCAUACCAGCUUUGUAUGAGGGAAUUGUUAACCUUUUAAACGAGGUCGUUUUGGACAUUAAGCACAAUAUCAGCAUACAAAAUAUGUCACUGUAUGCUCACUGGUCUAAGAAAAAAA